GUGGCAGGCCUUCUUCCGCCAGGACACCCAGUUCGGCGUUCCCAAGGCCUUUGUCUGCAUCGACCUGCUCUCGAGGCUGCCCGGGUCGAGCGCCCGGGCGUCGGCGAUGUCGCGGCUGCUCUCCGAAGUGUUCUGCGAGAGCCUGCGGGAGCCCAUCCUCUACGACGCGCGCCUGGCGGGCAUCACCUUCGAGCUCUCCGCCUCGGCGCGGGGACUGCAGCUCAACCUGGGCGGCUACGACGACCGGCUCGUCCAGUUUGCGCAGGUCAUCGCCCCGGCGCUCGCGCGGUUCCGGCCCAGCGCGGACGCUGGUGCGGUGUUCGAGGCGCAGCGUGAUAGGCUGGUGCGUGAGCUCAGCUCCUUCGCGUCGGCGCCGCCCCUGCAGCAGGCGGGCUACUGGGCGGGCCUCGCGACGAGCAGCCCCAGCUUCUCGCUGGACCAGCUCGCCUCCGAGCUCCGGGGGCUGACCGCGGACCUGGACGUGUUCGCGCAGCAGCUGCUCGGGCGCGAGCCGCUCUUCGGCCUCGCCCUGUGCCAGGGUAACCUGCGGGCCCAGGUCCCAGCCUGCCCCGCGGGGCCGGGGUGCAUCCUCGCGAGGGACGCGCUGGACGCGGCCGAGGAGAGCUCGGGCCUCGAGGUGGUCUUCCAGGGCGGCAGCUGCCGCGCAAGGGACGGCGCCGCCGGCAGGCAGCGCUGGGCCCUCGUGCAGGUGCUCGCGCAGGCGCUGUCGGCCAGCUUCUACAACGAGCUGCGCACGCGGCAGCAGCUCGGCUACAUCUCGGGGGGCGUGGUGCGCCUGGUCUUCCUCCUGCAGGGCGCCGCCCUGGGCCCCGCAGGCAUGCUCGGCCGCGUGGACGAGUUCCUGCGCGGGGCCCGCCGGGAGCUGGCGUCGCGGCCCGCGCGCGAGAUCGAGGCGCUCGCCGCUGGCCUGGCGGAGGAGGCGGCGGCGCUGCGCGCCGUGCGGCGCGAGGAGCUCCUGGCGGCCUUCGACCUGCUCGUGGCCGAGGGCGGCGCGGAGCGCCGGAGGCUGGCCACCCUGGUCUUCGGCGCGAGGCACCGCGCCGAGCGGCCGGGCGUUGAGGCCGCGCUGGCGGCACAGGGCGGCGUGCUCGUCGAGGACGUGGCCGCCUUUGCGCGCGAGCGGCCGCGCUGGCGGGCC